AGCUUGGCACGGCCUCGGGGCUGACGGCUGGCAGGCUCCGUCCUAAGAGUCAUCUUUCUGGCAGGCUUUCUUUAACGUAGGCGAAGGCAGCCCAGGCCGGAUGACGUCGAACUUCAACCACGUUCUCUUUCUUUCUCUCCUUCCUGAGAGUUGAAUUUGGUGGCAGCAUCCCCCAGGAGCUAGCCCUCGAGGAGACGCCUGGCUAGAUUGGGGACAUGCGGGGCUGUGGAUGUCCCCAAACGUCCCCAGAGCCAUGGCCGGGGUAGAGGGGUGACGGCAGAGCUGACGUUGCAGCAGCCACGUGCUCAGAGUUCCCCACGCUUCCAGAAAGCUGGAUUUCAAGCCUUGGUUCCACCUCAAACCAGACGCGCAACCUCACAGAGCACACGAGCACCUCCGCAGCCCAGGCCGCCCUGUCAUCCGAGCCCUUGCUGCCAGCGUGGAGCCAUGAGCUGUGUCCUGACCGGCGUUGUGCCCUUGGGGCUGGUGCUGCUGGUCUGCGGAGCCCAAGGCUUCUUCCUGCCCAAUGUCACACACCUAGAGAAGCUGCUCAGCAAGUACCAGCAGGACAGACCCCACUCCCGGGUCCGGAGGGCCAUCCCCAGGGUGGACAAGGAGGAGAUCCUCAUGCUUCACAACAAGCUGCGGGGCCAGGUGUCGCCACCGGCCUCCAACAUGGAGUACCUGACCUGGGAUGAAGAGCUGGAGAAGUCGGCGGUGGCCUGGGCCCAGGAGUGCAUCUGGGAGCAUGGGCCCAGAAGCCUGCUGGUGUCCAUCGGGCAGAACUUGGCCGUGCACUGGGGCAGGUAUCGCUCUCCUGGCUUCCACGUGCAGUCCUGGUAUGACGAGGUGAAGGACUACACCUACCCCUACCCCCACGAGUGCAACCCCUGGUGUCCGGAGAGGUGCUCCGGGGCCAUGUGCACCCACUACACACAGAUAGUUUGGGCCACAACCACCAAGAUUGGCUGUGCUGUGAACACCUGCGAGAGGAUGAAUGUCUGGGGAGAUGUUUGGGAGAAUGCGGUCUACCUCGUCUGCAAUUACUCUCCAAAGGGGAACUGGAUCGGAGAAGCCCCGUACAGAACUGGCCGGCCCUGCUCCGAGUGCCCGCCCAGGUACGGAGGCAGCUGCAAGAACAACCUGUGUUACCGAGAGACGUACGACCAAAAACCUGAAACGGACGAGAUGAACGAGGUGGAAACGGCCCCCAUUCCUGAAGAGAAGCACAUCUGGGUCCAGCCGGGUGUGAUCAGACCCACGAAGCCCAAGAAAGCCCCCGCCGUGAACUACAUGACCCAAGUCGUCAGGUGUGACACCAAGAUGAAGGACAAGUGUAAAGGGUCCACGUGCAACAGGUACCAGUGCCCAGCAGGCUGCCUGCACAACAGGGCAAAGAUCUUUGGGACUCUCUUUUAUGAAAGCGCGUCCAGCAUCUGCCGGGCCGCCAUUCACUACGGGGUCCUGGACGACAAGGGAGGCCUGGUGGACGUCACCAGGAAUGGGAAGGUCCCCUUCUUUGUCAAGUCUGAGAGAAACGGCGUGCAGUCUUUGAGCAAAUACAAGUCCUCCAGCUCAUUCACGGUGUCAAAAGUAAAAGUGCAGGACCUGGACUGCUACACCACCGUGGCCCAGCUCUGCCCAUAUGAGGAGCCGGGGACCCACUGCCCAAGAGUUCAUUGUCCGGCGUACUGCAAAGAUGAGCCAUCCUACUGGGCUCCCGUGCUUGGAACCAACAUCUAUGCAGACACUUCAAGCAUCUGUAAGACCGCCGUGCAUGCAGGAGUCAUCAGGAACAAGAGCGGGGGUUACGUGGACGUGAUGCCCGUUGAUAAAAAGAAGAUCUACGUGGGCUCUCUCAGGAACGGAGUCCAGUCUGAAAGCUUGAGGACCCCUCGAGACGGAAAGGCCUUCCGGAUCUUUGCCGUCAGGCAGUGAGCUUGCGGGGUCGGGGAGAAGGGGGCGUCUUCAAGAGGGCUUCGGGGGUUCGCUUUUGAUUUUUAUUUUGACACUUGGGGGGUGGGCCGGGGAUAUGGAGAGUCAGGAAACUUCCUUCGAUUGGCGUUGUGUCCCAUCCGCCGUGCCUUGGUCUCAGCUCUACACAGGGGAGCAUCCUUGGGGUCCUGAGCAGACAGCCGGUGACCAUCCUGCCGAGGCCCGGGGGUCUCCCCCUGGGAGGGGUUCUUUUGUGGAUGGAGAGAGGACUCCAGGGGAUCUGGAGCUGGCGCUGCGAGGCAUCCAGGGGUGUGGGAAGGGGCGUGCUGAGAACGCUCAGGGGGGAGUUUCAGGGAUGCAGUAGAAGGUAGCUAUUUAAAACAUUAAAAAACACAGGCCGUCCCUACCAAUGGAGAAAAAUGGGUUUCAUGUUUGCUGGUCAGACAAAUGGGCCGGAACAAGGGGACUCUGCCCUGGCACCUGUCCUGUUCCCGUCCUGCUCCGUGCGGGCUGGUUCUAUACACAGCAGUGCUGGUUUACUUCGAGUUCAGCCGUAACUCCAGAGAUGUAUCUUGUCUUGGUCCUUCCCUUCGUCCACGUGGCCCAUGUAUUUGCUGCCGUGACCUUUGGUCUCACUGAGGACUAAUGAACCAGGACCCUUUCUUGAUCCCCUCCCUGCUGUGGCUCACACCCUGCCCAGACUGGUUUCUGUGUCUCCCACCAGGGUCUUUGCUUGGCAAACAAUUCUGUUUGAAGCCCACUUUUUUCUUUCCAACUACUUGUCUCUGUGGGUUCCACUGAGAUGUCUAAGAACAGCCAAAGAAGGGCUGUUUUGUUGCUGCCUUUAAAAAAUGGCACUGAAUUGUGCAGACUUCCCAUCCGUCGGAUGACCUAUUUUUUAGCAACGAGAGGAAUGGUUUCAUUCCUCAGUACAUUCCUCGCCGAGGUUAGCAGCUCUGGGGAGAGGGACAGCCUGCAGUUAUGAAACCGUCUUGCGGCAUAACAACAAGAGAUGGUAACACCCUGGAAGGAUUUCUCUUCCUAUUUUUGAAGAACACUUCUUGCCAAAUGUUCCUGAGGCUCCGAGGAGUGCGGUGCUCUCUGGCUGCCAUCGCUGUACAAAACUUCUUCGUCAGCCUAGACCCAAAACCCACAGUGAAAUAAAAUGCCCUUUUGUAAAUAGCAUUUCUUUGCAGAAGGUAAAAUUCCACCCUCCUCCACCAGGCUGGCCAGUAGAUCACUUUCGUGAAUGCUGAUUUCAGAGUUGAUUUCACUCUCCGUCAGAAUGUUUCGAAGGCAAAAGAACUAGCAGAAAGUUUAAAACGAACAAACAAACCCUAAGAUAGUCUGGACAAGGAACUCCACCUGGGGAACCAAGUUGGUAUGUGGUUUCAGGGCAACCCUGAUUAGUGAAGAAACAGAAGGUAAAUAGCUUCCCCUCCCCCCACGCCGAAGGAGUUUGUAAAAGUAAUGAAACUCUUAGCUUGACAGAGCUGAAAUUAGCAGGACUGUGUUUCUGCUUUGUGCAUUGCGGGCUUGUUGUAAUUCAUAAGUACUGACUGUUCGACUCCAGAUGCCAGUGUGGAAGAAUGUGGUCAGACUGUCAGAUACCGCAUCUAGUUCCUGCCAAAGAUCUGAGUCCUUGGAACCCUCUGGAUGCUAGGUAUUAUGCUGUCGGACUUUCGCUUGUCACCAGGCUUUUGUGUCUGUGGCCACGUCCAGACUGCAAGCUUGGGUUUUUAGAAUUAGUGACGGUCCCGGGGAAUUUCAGUAGGUUUGCUUUUGAAGCAUCCUGCCGGAGGGAGAAUCUGAAACGUCCCAUGUGAGUGGACGCUCUCAUUUUGAAAUAAAAUUCCCGAGUUCCUGAAUGCCUCAUUAACCGGCCCGUCUAAUGGGCUAGAAACUCCUCGCCCAGACCCAGACCUUGCUGUCUUUUUCACCUUCACAAACAUUUUGAAACUGGAACCAUUUAUCUUCCGGAAAUGGACACAGUGCUACAAAGUAUAAGACCUUGUAAUCAGGGACCCCCUUCUAAUUUAGCGUGUUUAAAGGGCCAUCGUGCCUUCAGCACUUCACCCAUAAAAACAUGAUAACUCCGGCCAACAGUGUUACUGGGCCCCCCAAAAUGAAAAGUUUUGGUUUCCUUCUGAUUUGUUCCCCAUCGUGUUCUGAUUUUUCAUACUGUCUGUAGGCUCACUCAGCCCGCAGCUUAACGUGUGUGCUUUUUUCUAUGAAAAAUGAUGUAUUUUACUACUUCCUAUGUACAAAAGUUUAUUGUAAAUGUUGUGUGUGCUUCGCAUGAACAGGGACCACGUUGCUGUCGUUUCAAUAAAACUGGUUUGAUUU